UUAGGUAGAACUGUCUGUUACUUUACUGUGGAGAGAAAUCUGAAAAGCCGAAAGAGAAGAAGAAAAAGGAAUCUUUCUCUUGAUUGCAAUUUUGAUUGUUAAAAGAAACAAUUAAAAUUACGAAAUCUGAUCGCUAUUCCAGUAAUUUCAGAUCUUUUACUUGUAAUUAGUUUCAACAAUCCUCUGUGAUUGUAGAAAAAAAAAAUGGUGUCUGCAAAUCAAGAAAUGGCGGUUUACUGCUUUGAUACCCUUGUUGCUCACUACAAUAAUGAGCCAGUCCCUCCACCAGAUUUUGAAGAUGGUGAACACCCGUUGUUUGUCACAUGGAAGAAAGCGGUGAACGGUGGGGAGCCUCGUUUGCGUGGAUGUAUUGGAACUUUAGAAGCUCGUGCUAUAGUAAAUGGGUUCAAGGACUAUGCAUUGACAAGUGCUUUGAGAGACCGCCGUUUCUCCCCUAUCCCACCGAAAGAGUUGCCUUUUCUGGAAUGCACGGUUUCCAUUUUGACGAAUUAUGAAACUGCUGACCAUUACCUUGACUGGGAGCUUGAAAAGCAUGGUAUGAUUAUUGAGUUUACUGAUCCUGAUCAUAACGUAACACGACGUGCGACAUACUUGCCUGAAAUAGCAUUACAUGAAGGUUGGACAAAAGUUGAGGCAAUCGACUCGUUAAUGCGUAAAGCCGGCUACAAUGGCAGGAUUACAGAACCACUUCGGAAGCAAAUUCACCUUACUCGUUACCAGAGCACACUUUACACGAUGUCGUAUGGUGAAUACGUUGCAUAUGUCAAAAGAACUAGGGGGGAAGCCCCUGUUGUUGCUGGUUCAAAAUCUAACAGCCGUUAAUUCUUGUUCCAAGCAGCUUCAGUUAAAGACGGAAAGCUGGUUGGGGUUAUAAAACUUCGUAUAAUAACUCGAUUGGGCUAGGAUAGGAUUUCAUUGUUUCUUAUGCUUAAGUUAUUGUUUUACUUCUGCCGCCACUAAUUAUGUCUCCUAAAUCAAUCAUGUGUGGAUAAACAAGGGCGAACCCAACAUGUUUACAGACUCAGCUUGAUAGUUUAUUGAUUACUCAUCCCAAUGAAAGUAUGCAUGAGAGUAAUGGAUGUCAAUGCAUUAUAUU